AUGAAUGGAGGAGGUGUUCCAUCAGAAUGGAAAACAUGUAACAUAAGACUGAAGCAGAAGAAAAGGUAUCAUAACAACCCAAAUAAUUAUAGUGCAUUAGGAGUGAUUGCUUUCUUUGGAAGACUGUACAUGAAGGUACUGAACAAACUGGCAGAGAAAGAAACAUGUCACAAAUGGCAAGAAAAGCAAGCAGGAUUCCAAGCAGGUAGGUCAGUAAUGGACAACAUCUUCACAUUGAAACUGAUAUCUGAAAAAUGCACAAAGUUUGGACUGGAGAUGGGUUUUGCAUUCAUUGACCCAGAGAAAGCAUAUGAUGAAGUACCACCAACAAACCAUGGAAAAAGUUGA